AGGAGAUGGCCAGAGACUGCAGACACAGUACAGGAGAUGACCAGAGACUGCGGACACAGUACAGGAGAUGACCAGAGACUGCAGACAUAGUACAGGAGAUGGCCAGAGACUGCAGACACAGUACAGGAGAUGACCAGAGACUGCGGACACAGUACAGGAGAUGACCAGAGACUGCAGACACAGUACAGGAGAUGACCAGAGACUGCGGACAUAGUACAGGAGAUGGCCAGAGACUGAGGACAUAGUACAGGAGAUGACCAGAGACUGCGGACAUACUACAGGAGAUGACCAGAGACUGCGGGACACAGUACAGGAGAUGACCAGAGACUGCAGACACAGUACAGGAGAUGACCAGAGACUGCGGACAGUACAGGAGAUGACCAGAGACUGCGGACACAGUACAGGAGAUGACCAGAGACUGCAGACACAGUACAGGAGAUGACCAGAGACUGCGGACACAGUACAGG